CAGAAUCGACUUUUUUUGCACCUCUAUCCGGGAAGAAAAGUCAUAAAUCAGAAAAGUCUAAUAAGAAAAAAAGCUUGUAAAAAUAGCAUCAGUUCAAUAUUUAUUCGAGUGAAAUAAAAUAAAAUUAAACGGUUUCCAAUAACUAUACACGUCAAACAAAAGCUGGUGGUAGUUUUAUUGCUUUCGCAUUAGAAAUUGGUAUCGAAGGUGGACAAGCAAGUAGAGACACAGAGUCGCAGUUGAGAUUUUAGAAACGACAACGGUGAAAAAUAAAGAAAGAAGUGAACUUCGGUUGAAAGUUAUCUAAAAAAAUAUUUGCAAUAAAUUGAGCUGCUGAACGAAUUUAAACUCGUAAAAAUGGUGUUGAAGGUGUACGUUAGCGGAAUGUCCGGUAACAAGGAAGUAAAGAAACGUCAACAGCGUGUUUUGAUGAUCCUUGACAGUAAAAAUAUCAAGUACGACGUAGUGGACAUCACUGAGCCAGGAAAAGAAAGCGAGAAGGAAUUAAUGCAAACGAAAUCGACGAGCAAUGGAGCGACAGUUAGCGACACUGAUCCGCGCCACCCACUGCCACCGCAAAUAUUCAACGAAGAAGAAUACUGUGGCGACUAUGAUGCAUUUGACUUGGCCAAUGAGAUAGAUACGUUGGAACAGUUCUUGAAAUUGGCACCAGCCGACACGACAGCUGUUUCUAGUGCACAGCUAGAGCUAAAACAGGAAAACGGUGAAGUCAAAGUAGCAACAAAAGCAGACGAUGAUGAGAACAAGGAAAAUAAAGAGACCGUUGAGGAGAAAAAGGAUGGCGCAGAGGCUGAGAAAGCUGCUGAUGACAACGAAGCAACUGCCAGCACUGGGGAGGCAGCAAACGGCGAUAAUGCGAAUGCUGAGGUUUGAGCUGCUAGUUUUUAUGUUAACAGCCAUUCGAGAAAUUUUAUAUGCAAACAUCGCUAGAUAUUGCUAACUCGCAAAUUAUUAUGCUCUUAUGCAGCAUAUUAACAUUAACAUGAAAGUCUUUUUGCUUAUUCUUAUUUUUUUUGUUUUGCCAUUAUUUUAAAUUAUGUAUUUCAAUACUUUCGUUUAAUUUAAAAUUUUUAUACUGCGCAAAAAAUAGCAAUCGAAUCGAUUAUUAAAACUAACAACCAGUGUGCAAAAUAUUAUUAUAUAACAUGACAUUUACAUAUUGUGUACAACUAAUUAAGUUAGUGACAUUUUGACCAGUUUUGGCAAAUUUUCUUUUAAUGUUUAUUAUCUUUAGUAAAAGUCUAGCUCAUUAAAUAACAAGCACCAUAUAAAUCCAUAUUUCAAACUUUGUACAAAAAUUACAAAAAUUCAAAAAAAUUUCACCCAAAUUUCAAACUUUUUAGAAACAUUUUAUGUAUGCAGAAUUAUUCCUCAUUGAAUUUUAGAGCAAGUUUCAGUUCACUAUGAAUUCGUGUUGAUUUUUAUAAUUUUUUUUUUUUGCUAAUGCACAACACAUUUUCUUCCAAUAUAAAGUAGAAUCGAAAUUUCUUUUAUAACUUUUAUAAGAAAUAAUAAACAUUAACAAAAGAAAAAUAGCCAAUGCUGGUCAAAAGUUACUAACUUAAUUAGUUGACCAAAAGUAUGCGUUUGCAUAUUUAUUAUUUACUUAAAUAUUUUAGUUCUGGUUUAGUAUUCAUGCUUUGAUCAUUUAAGCUUUGACAAAUAUUUGUACGUGAGCCCACAAAAAAGACAUACUUGGUAAGAAUCCGUUUAUAGGAAGCAUAAAGUGCAUACAGGUUUUUGAUAAAAUAUGCAUAGGUAACAAAUAUUUACAAAAUUAUGUAAAUUCAAUGGAAAACGAUUUUGAUAGCUGCUUUCUCAAGUCAUAGCAAUAAAGGGCAAUAUAUUUUAGUUUCAAGUUUUAUCAUAUUAAAAUGGAAACAUUAAGAUUUUCAAUCUUCCAAUUAUUUCAUUAUCCAUAUAUGCUAAUAAAUUAAAAAAAUACAAAUUUUUUCGACUCCCGCAUCCUACGAAAGGAAGUAUACUUUACAUUUUGAAUACAUUGUGAGAAGUACUAUAUACUGAAAUAUACAGAUGAACGUAAAUAGUUAUCAAUAAUAGGCGUCAAUAUAAUACGAAUAACAAACGUAUAUUUGUCUAGACGAAGAAUAUAUCGAACUUUUUAAGGCUUCGAAAAAUAUAAUACAUUUACUACAAACACAUUCAUAAAUAAAAUGGAUUUAAAAGCUUUAUAAAAAAAUUCUAUUUGUAAAUCAUUCAAAUUCAUUUUAUUUUUGAUGAAUUUCGGGUUUAAUGUGUAUAGAAAUCUGUAUGUCACAAAAGCCAGAACAAAAUUCAUAUGAACUCCGAUUCAACAAAAAGAAGAAAUACUUGUUGAAAUAUGUAUUUCUUACUUUGAACUUUAGUGGUAGCAACGAAAGUAUUCCCACUUUAAAUUACUUUAAGUCAUAUUUUUCAAAUUAAAAAAUAAAUCAUCAUCAACGUGUAUUUUGAACCCUUUU